AUGUCUUCCCACAAGACUUUCAGGACCAAGAGAUUCUUGGCCAAGAAACAAAAGCAGAAUCAGCCUGUUCCCCAAUGGAUUCGGAUGAAAAUUGGCAAUAAUAUCGGGUACAACUCGAAGAGGAGACAUUGGAGAAGAACCAAACUGAGUCUAUGAGGAAUCACACAUGAGAGAUGACUCACAUAUUUAUGCUGUAUCCAGGUUGCCUACACCUUUAAAUGAUUGAAAAUAUCGCUAUUGUCUGGACAGUUGGGGCAUUUUAAUUGGAAAAUUAAUGGACUCAUGAUUUUGCUCUGUUGACCCCCCAUCCCCUGCAGUUGUAGGUUGGUUCAGUAAUAAAUGUGUGAGAUCUUUUA